GCCCAGGUGUAAGCAAAGAUUGAUUUUUACAUCGAAUAAUGGACCGGCUUUACGGAAGCUGCCUUUCGGACAGUCGAAGAUGUCGAAACGAGACCCUUAACUUAUUUGAUGCAGGUUACAGAAAACGAAACAUACAUCACAUUUCUCAAGGAUGGGGAUUUGUUGCCAUUGCAAUAACAUUGCUUUUGGGUUUUUAUUCUCAAUAUCAUUUCCAUGAGAAUUUACCGAAAGCCUUAGACAAUUCCGAACUACUUCAUAAUCCGAAUUCAUUUUUAUCUGAGCGCGCUUGGCAUGAUCUGAAGAUACUUUCCAGUUUUGGCUCUCGAUCCGUUGGAAAGUAUACUAACGAAGUUUUAGCAAUCGAGUUUUUAAAGAAAGUCAUAAAUAAUGAUAUCAAAAAACUUGCUCACUCCAAUCAGCGAGUUGAACUAGAUGUUCAAGUUGUUAGCGGAGGAUUUUGGGCCGAUUUUAAGCCGUAUGGUAUGACAAGUAUCUAUCGUAAUGUACAAAAUGUGGUUGUGAAGCUACAUGGCGAACCAGGACUAAGACCUUGCAAGAGCCUUCUCAUCAAUGCGCAUUUUGACAGUGUGCCAGGAAGUCCAGGAGCAAGCGAUGAUGCGAUGGCAUGUGCUGUGAUGCUGGAAAUUCUUCGAGUAUUGUCAAGGCAAAGUAAUCGAAACAAAUGUGAUAUUAUCUUUCUAUUUAAUGGAGCCGAGGAAACUGGACUUCAAGCCUCGCAUGGAUUUAUAACAAAACACAAAUGGGCAAAAAACAUUGGAGCUUUUAUUAAUCUCGAAUCGGUUGGAUCUGGAGGAAAAGAGAUGUUAUUUCAAAGUAGUGUCAAUAAUUCGUGGCUUGUUACCAUGUACGGCAAGUCAGUACCACAUCCUAAUGCGCAAGUUGCAGCUGAAGAAAUAUUUCAAUCUGGAAUAAUUCCAUCUGAUACAGAUUUUCGAAUCUUUCGUGAUUUUGGAAAAUUACCUGGCAUGGAUUUUGCACAUCACAUAAACAGUCACCGGUAUCACACCAAGUACGAUCAUAUAGACUACAUUCCAAUAGGCUCUGUACAACAUACUGGAGACAAUAUCCUGGAGCUAACAAGAGCCAUUUCAAAUGGUGAUGAGCUACGCAACACUAAAAAAAAAAAUAUUAACCAAUCCCAGGUCUUUUUUGAUAUUUUCGGAUUCUUUUUCAUUGUUUAUUCCAAAGACUUUGCAACGGUAUUUAAUUAUAUUGUCGUAGUGUCUGCGGUUUCAGUCUCAUAUUUAUCGCUCUCAAAAGCAACCAAAGGCAUAAACAAAAAACAUUUGCGAUACGAAAUAUUUCUGGGUUUUGUUAUUAAAAUGAUUAGUUUAGUGAGUUCCGGAGCCUUUUGUUAUGCGAUUGCAUAUGAUGUGGAUGUGUCUGGACAAUCCAUGUUCUGGUAUAGCAAUACGUAUCUAUGUAUUCCCACAUAUUGCUUAGUCACCGUUUUCGUACAAUGUGCUGUGCAUUUGAUUUUUAAUCGAAAUUUAAAGACUCCGCUUAGUUUAGCCUUGCAAACCCAAGCCAGAUUGGCUGGAACGUCUCUUUUUUGGGGAAUACUUUGCGCAGCUGCAACUGGUGCCGGAGUCCGCACAUCUUAUACCAUUAUGGUGCCAAUCUUUAUAACCAAUGCAGCCAAUGUGGUGAUAGCUAUUUGUGACUUUCAGAAUUCAAUAAGGCGAUGGCUUUAUAUUCAUCUUUUUGGACAAAUUUUCGUUGUGUUAUGGAGCACCCUGUUUUACAGCAUGGUUCUAGGAAUUUUUAUACCGACUGCAGGAAGAAUGGGCGGUGAAAAGAAUCCUGACAUAAUAAUUUCAAUUAUCUGCUGCUGUUUAACGUUCUUCAUAACAAGCUAUCUGACACCUUUGAUCGUAUUGUUGGAAAGGAAGAAAAUAUUUUUAAUUUUACUUUUUACGGCUUAUAUUAUAACUAGGUUUUAUUUCAUUGCCUUUACAAAUGUUGGUUUUCCCUACUCAGAUGAUACCGGAGGACAACCACGAACACAGAGACAUUAUAUGUCGCACACAAUUCGAACACUUUAUGAUCGUGAUGGUAAUAUUAGGUAUACAGAUUCUGGUAUUUGGAUGUUAAAUAUGGAUCGCAAUUCACAAAAAACAAUCGAAAGCCUAAUAAUGCCAGAAGAACCAAUCCCCAAUCACAAAAACAUUCUAUGCAAGAGCGAAGCCUUCUGCGGCUUACCGAUUUACUCCAUUCGUCAAGCUAUUACUGGCGGUUUUUGGAUACCGAGCUCUAUGCCAACAAUUCGAGAGACAUCGCAUCUCGAAUUAUUAUCACACCAGCAACUCUCUGAUCGAAAUCAUCGAUUGAACUUUGCUUUAACAGGAAGCUAUCUAGCAUCUCUGCAAAUCCAUUUACGGGACAAUGUGAACCUUAAACAAUGGAGUCUUACAACAAAUUUGCCCCCCAGCGUAAAUUAUAAUAAAAAGGAUUCAUACUUUGUUUUAAUCACAACAGGACUGGAAUCAGAAGCAUUUAACAUCACGAUUGACGUUGAGACUGCCGAGCAACAUCAUAAAAGAGCCUUGCUAGACAUUACACUAGUCUCAACCUACUUUGAUUAUCACAAGGAUCAUACAUCGAUUUUUGCCAAAAUAAUAUCCAAAUUACCGCGUUGGGCGCACGUUGUGCCUAGCGUCGCCUCACUUAAAUCGUGGACAUUUUAAUAACAUAAAUAUAUACGUAAUUAAUGAAAACCAAAA